CGUCACGGUGUAUGUCGUUUUACGAGGAACGGCGGCGGCUCUGUCGAUCGAGCGGUUUGCAUAGUUUCAGGCGUCGCGACGUGUACGACGGUUCACCGAUCGUCAGGCGUAAAAAAAAAAGGUGGUUCGCGCCUGGAAACCGUACGGUUGCGUGGCUCGAGUGGGGAGCAGCCAGACAAGUUCAGCGCGAAUAUCGAUUCAGUCUCGCGCAAACCACCCCCAUGUACUGUGCCCGUUGCAGCAGCUCCACCUUCUAGCUUUGUUUUCCGCUGGGUGUCAUGACUGACACAUAAACAGAGAGAAAGACACCGUGGUAAAAAGCUCUCGGUUACAUCGUGGGGAGAAGAGAUACGGUGACGAGUACGAAAAGAAACGAUCAUCGUCGAUAAAAACCACUUGGCCGAUGAUGCUUAUCGAUUCGCGUAAAUUAUUUUUCCAAGAGUCAUUCUGUCGUUCGCAAGUGAGUUUGGUCAAGUUUGUUAGAUAAAUUCGGUGAGAGAGAACACUCGUGAUUCUUUCGCAGUAUAACUCCAAUUUUCCUUUUUCGUCUGGUUUUGUGAGCUACGGGCUCCGUUGAUUAAAAUAGAUCCUUCCAGUAAAACGUUUCAUCAUUGAUUCGCUUUGUGUCGAGCUACCUUCUGCUCGAAGGGGUUGAAGUCUUUCGUUGGAUGCUCCGCGUCUCGACCACGCGCUCGGUGAUAAUAAAUCUCGAUGGGCAUCGGAUACAACGAAAAAAUCGACACACGAACGGGUUCAUUCGAUACAAUUGAUUCGUACAACGCAAGAAGAGUCGCGUGACUUUCGUCGUGGACGGGGAAGAACGCGGUCUACGGAGGAAAAAGAGGCGCAAGAAGAGGAAGAAGAAGAGAGAAGAGUCCGGAGUUUCGCUAGUGUUUCGCUCGAAUAUGAAACGCUUUAACCGCGGCCACGCGGAUCCGUGUUCGUCUUGACUACGAGUCGCGGCUGAGCAAAGGGAGUGCGCCUCCCCUUCUUGAGAGAUGUCUUCGAUAUCAGCCCAAGGGGUCGUCGAAAGAGCCAGCGCCGAGUUGACCAAGAGAAUCAACGGUCUGGGGUUGAGAACGUCCAAACAUCAUGGUGGGGGAAAGGCGAGCGUCAUGGAACGCGUUACGAACGUGUUUUGCGGUAGCGGAGGGGUUGCCUAUACGAAUUUGCAGAGCGCGAACAAUGCGAACGCAACCCCGGAAAAGCCGAGCAGGAGCGUACCAACAUCGAUGAGUAAUAUGCCAGCAGCGAACAACAAGAGCCUGAAUAGUAGCAACACACCCAGCAGGGCCAGGAUAUCGAGGAACCGACCGAAAAACGUACCACUCGCAAGCGGUGGUACAGGAGGCUACGUAGCACCCGCCACGUGGGAUCAACUGAUGCAAGAUGAUCACUUCCUUGGAAAAUUCUUCCUAUACUUCACCGCCGUCGAGAGGAGGAUCUUGGCUCAGGUGUGCACAAGAUGGAGGGACAUAUUGUACGCUAGGCCAAGACUUUGGGCAGGAUUGGUGCCCGUUAUCAGGUGCCGCGAGGUGCGUGCUUUGCCACCAAAUUCGCGUACACGGCUCUAUGCCUCGUUGGUGAGGAGAGGCUUCCAUUCGUUGGUCCUCCUGGGCGCUUCCGACGAGGACAUCCCAGACCUGACGCAUGGUUUCCCUUUGGCGCAGAGAAAUAUCCACUCGUUGUCUCUGAGAUGCUGUGCGGUUACCGACAGGGGUUUAGAAACCCUGUUGGAUCAUUUGCAAGCCCUGUUCGAGCUCGAAUUAGCCGGCUGCAACGAGAUAACGGAAGCCGGCUUAUGGACUUGCUUGACACCUAGAAUAGUGUCGCUCUCUUUGUCGGAUUGUAUCAACGUGGCAGAUGAAGCUGUCGGUGCUGUCGCUCAAUUGUUGCCGAGUCUCUACGAGUUCUCGCUGCAAGCUUAUCACGUAACCGACGCUGCCCUAAGUUACUUCGAUGCCUCGCAAGGUAGCUCCCUCAGCAUCCUCAGGCUCCAAUCCUGCUGGGAGCUCACCAACCACGGUGUGGUCAAUAUCGUGAACUCCUUGCCCAACUUGACCGUCCUGUCGUUGUCCGGCUGCAGUAAGGUGACGGACGACGGCGUCGAAUUGAUAGCUGAAAACCUGUCGAGGCUUCGUUCCUUGGAUUUGAGCUGGUGCUCGCGAAUCACGGACGCAGCCUUAGAGUACAUCGCCUGUGAUUUGAAUCACUUGGAGGAGCUUACGUUGGACAGAUGUGUCCAUAUCACCGAUAUUGGAGUGGGCUACAUCUCUACAAUGGGAUCGCUGAGCGCAUUGUUCUUGAGAUGGUGCAUACUGCUUAGAGACUUUGGACUUCAGCACUUGUGCGGCAUGAAAUCCUUACAAGUACUCUCCGUGGCAGGUUGCCCGUUGCUCACGAGCAGUGGCUUGUCCAGCUUGAUACAACUUCGUCAUCUGCACGAGCUAGAGCUAACCAACUGUCCAGGAACGUCCCAGGAGCUGUUCGAUUAUUUGCGUGAACAUCUGCCUCGCUGUCUGAUCAUCGAAUAAACGAUAUCGUAGGAGGAGCAGCGUAGCUCCAGGGAUUUCUUCGCGUUCAGAGCCACGGACGAAUUUUUAUUCCUAGAAACCAGACGACGAGAAACGAAGCUGUUUCGUGUUAAGCAAUACUUUGAGCGACGAAGGUGUGCACGAGGAACCGAGCCGAUGCGUCGUACGAAUAGAAGAGAAGCAUUAAUUGACGUCCAAACACGCGAAAUACGAAUGCCAGAAAUGUUUUUCUCUCUUGUAUAACGAUUAAAAAAAAAAAAAAAAAAGAAAACGGAAGAAAAGACAAAAAAAAAUGAUAAGGAAAACGCUAGCCCUUAAACGUGCAAAAGUAAACACGAUACUAAGAUAGAGAAUAGGCAUUUCUUUUCAUACACCAGAGCUCCUAUUACCAAACUGCACUCCUCUUUUCGCCGAUUGGAUCUAGGAUGCUAUGAUCGCAAUGGGUACGUUUUUGUUACUUCCGUCAGCAACGAAAGGAGACAAGAAACCAGCCAGGUAUCCAGGUUUAUAUUGUACAGAGUUUCACGCGUCGCUUGAUGAUAGAGAAAAAUAUAAACGAUGAGACAGUUUAAACUCGUAGGUUUUCGCUGAAAAAGAAGAAAAAGAAAAAAAAUAAUAAACGAUGACGAACGUAGAAUUGUCAGACGAGGCGUCAAGACAGACUCAAAUGAAAAUAGAAAAAAGAAAAAAAAAAAACAGUUAGAACUGUGAUAAAAUUUUUAUUAUACGUAUAUUGUUCAACUUCGACGAUUAUGUUUAGGGCGUUGUUGAUCCCGCUUGAAGAAAGUUGUAACAUGUUAACUGCCAUGGGGGGGGGGGGGGGGGUCAUCGGCACCGUGAAUUCAACAUUACUGGAUAACUGGAAGAAAGAAAGAUUAGAUAGCAUUGAUAUUAUACUAGUUACGCCAGAUAGCAAAUAGAAAGCCUUACUUGAGCAAUUGCAACUGUUGUGUGCUAUAUUAUACAAGGACGUUUUCACUGUGGCAGUCAACAUGUUAAAAAUUGCGCGAUUACAACGCGUUGCUUUGAGAAAAGAGUUGCAUAGAGGAACGAGAAAAGACAAAAAAAAAAAAAAAUGAGCAGAAACAUUCCGGUUAUGAUUGCGCAGAUUAACGAGGGGUUUUUAUUUACCAGCCGUACGAUUCGCAUGAUUUGUUCGAUGAUACGUGUUGCUAAAUUAUAAAAAUGAAAAUGACGAAAAAAAGAAUGAUAAAAGAAGAAGAAAUUAAUGAUCAUUGCACAUCUAUGUAUUGUCUAGAUGAAGUUUUUAACUUACAUUUUACCUACGUAUAUUCUGCUGUCAUGUAAUUAAUGUUUCCUAUAUUUAAGGCUUACACCUAGCUAAGUUCUCGAAAUGUUUUUUCAUUAAAUGUAACGGAUGUAUCGCAAUAUAGAGAGAAACGUAUUUUAUGUGUUUAAUACCGUUAACUGUUUCGAUGAUUACUUGAGACAAAUCAAUGUUACACUAUGCUCGAGUAUCACCGCUCCAUACGGGGGUGUACUGGAUGAAUUUUAUGCCAUCGUUGGAAUGGUACGGGUGCAAUGUUUUUCUUUUUUAUGUUGACGAAUAAAAUAACUAUCGAUUAACUUAUUACAAUAACGUUCAGCAUGUCCUCGAAUUCUAUCGAACUGAACUUAUUUUUUGCGUGUUACCACAUGUUUAGCACAUAACGUCUUUGUAUAUAUUGUACAAAUAAUGAUUAAUAAUUCUGUUACCAAUCAAAACUAAAUAUAAAUAUAUCCGCACAGUGAAAGUUCUAUCGAAAAAAUCGGGGUUGCAUGCGACGCCAAUCACGGAUUUAACAUUAAGAAUGAAAAUAUGAUUACACGAUGGAAUGUGCUGUGAAAUAAAAAUUUAUUGAUCUGAA